AUGACUGACAAGUUAUCACAACCAACCUCAGUUUUUGGUUUAAGGUUAUGGGUAGUUCUUGGUGUUUGUGUAGGGACAACCAUUGUGUUGCUGCUUUUCUUUACCACUCUCUGGCUUGCUUCAAAGAAAUCCAAAAAGAGUAUCGGCAACAAACCCAAAAUCCAAAUUGUGUCUAAAGAGAUUCAAGAAAUCAGAUUCGACCAACCCAUUAAGCCUAACUGGGCACAAAUCCAAAUACAUAAAUUUCAAGACCAGGAAAUGAUAACGAGAAAGGAAAGGGAAGAUUUUUUGAUGCUUAUGCCACCGGAAGAGGAGAGUCCAAUGAGGUAUCAUGGGAUUCAGGUUGAUAUUGGUAAAGGGCAUUUUAUUUCUUAUCCUGGUUCUUCCGGGGAAGCACAACGUGGCGGUGGCAGUGGUGGUGGUGAUCAGGCAGCUGCUAUGAUGGUGCCUGAUGUGUCUCAUUUGGGAUGGGGACAUUGGUAUACUUUGAGAGAGCUUGAGGUAGCUACUAAUUGUUUUGCUCCUGAGAAUGUUAUUGGCGAGGGAGGGUAUGGGAUUGUGUAUCAUGGUGUUUUAGAGGAUGAUAGUGAUUUUGCUGUCAAGAACUUGCUAAAUAACAGGUAG